UUGGCACGAGGUUCUGAAACGUUAUGGUUAGGCGCAGCUCAGUUUGGUGCUUCCUUGGACUAUGUUUGGACCGACCAUACGCCUUUCGAUUUUGAGAAUUGGCCGAAUGGUGAGAACAGUUUUAACGCUCGUCCGCCGUACGAUCCUGGUCGUAGGUGCACGAAAAUGAACACACGAACCCAAGAGUGGUUCCAGAGCUGUUGUAAAGACCCUUCACCUUACGUUUGUGAAAUGAAGCCGAGUAGUCCCGUGACAACAUCGGUCGACUCGUAUCAAUACGCCUAUUACUCGACCACUAAACCACCAUAUUAUAACACUUAUCCAAGAGAACACGAUCACUCGAAUUCGACGAUUGCGAAAAUGAAUGAAUCGCUGCAUCAACUGGGUAACCGCUAG